AUGUCGAAUUGUAUGGUUUGUGAUGCGACAACCGCUCAAUAUCACUUCGGAGCAACUGUGUGCCGCGCCUGUGCCGCUUUUUUCAGACGUUACGUGAAUACAAAGAAGGCGACCAUUUUGUGCAAUUGUUUCGCCAAAAGAGGUGAAUGGGAAAUGAUGAUAUCGGAGAAAUAAUGACUUACUAUUCGACUUUUAGAGAUGCCUAGUUCCGUUUGCUUCUCCAAUUACAUCUUCUUGUUUCCAGAAAGUCAAUACUCAUGCCGUCUGUGCCGAAUGAAAAAGUGCGUUUCUGUUGGAAUGGAGCAGAGCAGUACGUUCUCUACUUCUACACUUCGUUUCAGUCUUUGCAAAUUGCAGAAGUUCAAGGACCGCGCGACAGCAACAAUCCAUCCCGAAAACGGAAAAUUAUGAUUAUGGAGGGCUCUUCUGCUCCGGAACUACCCCGAAUCGAGGUCUAUUUCCUUCCACUUUCAUCAAAACAAACUCUUUGCUUCCUUAGAUUGGUAUCAGGUUACGGAACGUGGAAAGAAUUUGCAAUGCCGCGAAGAACUACGAGAAUUUGGAGAAGACGCGGAAUGCGAUAUUCAAAAUGAAAGCGGAGAGCACUGCAGGCGGAGUGAACUUCUACGAACUCUCGCUGGAAGUGAAGACGGACGCCAAGUUGCUAUGGAAACUGUGCGAGAUGACGUUUCCCGAAUUCGAUCAGUUGAACAGACACGACAAGGUUCGAUCGAUUCCUUGUCCCAUUGUUUACCGCCCGUUCCUUGUUUUCAGAAAAUCCUGUUUUACAACUUCUACACAAAGUGGAGUAUUCUCGAAAUGGUAAUGUUCUGUGUCAAAAACAAAGACCAGCAGAAGUUUUUCUCGCCUUCCGGAGCGUCGGCGGUGUCGGUCGAGAGGUUCUAUCUGGAUUGUUUGAAACAGAAAGACGCGUUGAGUGAGACGGAUGUUCUGAGGUAUUCAGAAGACGUCACAAGAUAGGACGAUAUAAUUGUCUCAUGUUCAGGAUCUUCCAACCAUACUGGAACUUUCACAUUCAACAUGUGAUACAGCCGGUGGCAAAGCUCGGUUUUGGAAAUCUGGAGAACAUGGCUCUGUUCGGACUUUUGUUAUGGGAUGCGGGUGAGUGGAAUCUGCCGCCUUUUAAAUGUUUGCACUCUGUGCACCCCUACUGAUCGGGGACACCAUCGGGAGGGACAGUGUGUGUGGCGGGAAAGGCCCGACAGAGAUAUACGGUCGUUCGAUCCCUCCACGCUCUUUGCCGACAGAUCAAGCACACCUUUUCGUUUCUGACUUCAGGCUACACCAACUUGAGCGAAUCUCUCGCCGAGGUUUGCCACGCAAUGCGGAAGAUCAUCUGCCGAGAGUUGAACGCCUUUUUCGAGGAGACCGAAAGCUCCGGCAGCAGAUUCUUCGAAACGUUGGACACUAUCAAUUUGAUUGAGGUAAUUUGGGUUUUCCAUACGACAAAAAAUGAUUUAGAAGAUUCAGAGAGCCGAGCACAUGUGUCAAGAGGAAAUGCAAUUAGCCGGAAUAUAUCAAGUGGAAAUAGACGAGGAUAUGAGGAACAUGAUAAUGUGGGAAAAGUACUAA